AUGAAUUCCCUCUGUUCACCUACUUCUCUUCUCCUUCCGUCACCUAGACGGCAGUUCACACCAUGUCUUCAAGUGCAACCACAAAAUUUAUGCACAAACUUUCAUCAUUAUCGUGUUCAUCACUCAUUUCCACUUUUUCUCGCAUUUCAAUUCAUUCCACAUCAUUCACUACUUACUCAUAAGUUAUCCACUGGUGCUACAGUUCCUUCAAAUGAAGGAACAGUAUCUGUGAUUAACUUCGAAGACUUUGUUGAAAAAGAUUGGUCAUUUCUUGAUUCAGAUAAUUUGAUAUCUGGAGAUGAGCUUAACAGAAAGAUUGAACACAUUAUUACUGCGGGACAGAUUGAAGAAACUUCUAAGGUUCUGGUUUCAAUUGGUUCUGAAGGAUUUAUAGAUCGGUUGGUUGAUUCAUCACCAUGCAAUCUUUUGCUUGUCGUCCAUGAUUCACUUUUUCUGUUAGCUGGCAUCAAAGAAAAAUAUGACAAUGUUAAGUGUUGGCAAGGAGAACUUAUAUAUGUACCAGAGAAGUGGGCGCCACUGGAUGUUGUGUUCCUCUAUUUUCUGCCUGCUUUGCCCUUUAAACUUGACCAGGUCUUUGAAGCACUUGCAAAAUGCUGUUUGCCUGGUGCAAGGGUGGUUAUCAGCCAUCCCAAAGGAAGGGAAGUCUUAAAGCAGCAGCAACAACAGUAUCCGGAUGUCAUAAUUUCAGACUUGCCCGAUAAGACGACUUUACAGAAAGUUGCAGCUAAUCAUUCUUUUGACAUGGUUGAAUUUGUAGACGAGCCCGGUUUUUAUCUUGCUGUUUUGAAGUUCUCUUAG